CAGCAGCAAAGCAGCUCAGAGAUGGAGUAGGACCUGUGCACAUACACACUCUUACACAUAUUCUUAAUAACACCGCCUAGCUCCAACUGAAGCGCAGCCAUGCAGGAAUCUCCUGGCUCUAUUGGUGUGGAUGGAGGUUAUGCCAGUAAUGUGCCUGCCUUCCUCACCAAACUGUGGACCUUGGUCGAGGACCCGGACACCAACCACCUCAUCUGCUGGAGUGCUACUCCACAAUCUGGCUUACAGAGUCCUCAAAAUACUGGGACCAGCUUCCAUGUGUUCGACCAGGGCAGGUUUGCCAAAGAGGUGCUGCCAAAAUACUUCAAACAUAACAACAUGGCCAGCUUUGUUCGUCAGCUCAACAUGUAUGGCUUCAGGAAGGUGGUGAACAUAGAGCAGAGUGGUCUGGUGAAGCCAGAGAGAGAUGACACAGAGUUUCAGCACCUUUACUUCCUGCAAGGCCACGAACACCUGCUGGAGCACAUCAAGAGGAAGGUCUCCAUUGUGAAGAGUGAAGAGACCAAAGUACGGCAGGAGGACUUGAGUAAGCUGCUGUAUGAAGUGCAGAUACUGCGCAGCCAACAAGAGAACAUGGAGUGUCAGAUGCAAGACAUGAAACAGCAGAAUGAGGUGCUGUGGAGAGAGGUGGUCUCACUGAGACAGAACCACACCCAGCAGCAGAAAGUCAUGAACAAGCUGAUUCAGUUCCUUUUCAGCCAGAUGCAGUCAAACACAACAAGCACUGUAGGAAUGAAGAGAAAGCUUCCCCUUAUGUUGGACGAUGGUUCAACCACGCCCUCAGCCUCCAAGUUCAGCCAUACCCACCAAAUGGAGCCCCUGCAUGAACCGUUCUAUAUCCAGUCGCCAUCCACAGAAACAGCCUCUUGCUCCAAUGGUGCAAUGACAGGAGGACCAAUCAUAUCGGACGUUACUGAAAUGUCACAACCCAGCAACAUGCAAAUGCAAACAGAGGAGACAAGGGAUAAGUGUAUGAUGCUGAUCAAAGAGGAGCCAGGGAGCCCAGGGGUGCGAGGCCGGGGGGAGGGGGUCCCACUGGGCUCCUGUGAUGUGUGUUCUGAACCCCCCGUCCUCCCUGUUGCCAUGGUACAAUCCGUCCUGGAGGGCCGAGGGUCUGGAGCAGACAGGAGGCUCAAGAGACCUGCUCUGGAGAGGCCUGAGGUACCUGAUGCUGAAGAGAAUGUGGACAUGAGUCUGGAGGACCUGCAGCUUCUCCUGAGGACCCACCAGCAGAGUGUGGAGCCCACCACUGCUGUCAUGGAUCCAUUCAAUUUCAACCUGCCCUUGAGUGAGUGGAACUUUACUGAUAUGGAUUCCAACCUGAAAUCAUACAUGUUUCAGAGCCAGGAGGCAGAGGCUUACCCCAACGCUGGUUGUGAGGAACAGUGAUGGCUUGACAGAUCCUGUCCUGACAAAGGCAGGCCAGAAAACAAGACAUUCCUCAAGACUCUCAGAUUUGUUCCAUCCCCUGUCGUCAUGUCUUAGAUCCAGCCUACCUGACCCAAUGUGAGCAGAGCAGGAGGGAUUCUUGUCACUCAGAGCUCUGUGGGUCUAUCUUCCAUCCACUAGGAUGUCCGUUCUGGGGAGGUUUCUUCAGAAGCACUGUAUAGCUUUUCAGUGAACCAGAGUUGAAUCUAUUUGGAAUUAUUCAGACUUCUUUCACUGAUGUUCAACAGUUUUACUGGUGGGGACCCUGGCAGUUGUCACUUCAAAGGCUGACCGUAGGACAUCCUAACAUAAGCAAUGGCUUCUCUCCUAAAGCUGGACUGAUCUACAGUCAGAGAGCCUGACUGAGGGAUCUCAAUUCAUAACAGACCAACCGACCAGUUGACAUUUCAAGGAUAAAUUCCGAGUACAAAAGUGGAGUUUGGAGUAUAACCGGCACUAUUACGAAGUUCCAAUAUUCUCUGCCAUCGUGCCAGCGGUAGUAUGAACAGUUGCAUUAUACCACGGUGGCCCUGGUUUGUAAGCACUUUAGUCUGUGUGAGAGUUUCUGCUUGUGGAGCUGUUUUUUUUUUCCUAAAUAGCAUAUUUGGUUCUAUAAAAAUAUUCUCAUGGCAAAUACUAUAUUUGUAUUUUAAAAUUAUAUUCAUAAGAUAACAGAAAUAGUGUUAAUUCUCUUCUGUAUGUUUUAAUGUGAGAAGUCAAGGAAAUAUUUGAUGAUAGACUUCCCAUUUGAAAAAACAAUGAAGACACCAUACCUUGCUUUUUUGCACAAUUUGUAUCAGUAUUUAUUCUUAAUCACAAUCUAUAUAUUUCUCUUGAAACCCUCAGUGCUUUUCCUGUGCACAAGAGUAACUUUGAUUUUCAUCAAGUUGUCUAUGAUGACUACUAGGCUGUGUAUAAUAUAAUGCAUACAUUAGUAAAAUUAGAACAAUAGGUAGAUGAUCCAACUUCAUCUGAACUCGCUAAACAGAGAGGAUAAGAUCAACAUGUAGACUCGCUAAACAGAGAGGAAUAGAUCAACAUGUCGACUCGCUAAACAGAGAGGAUAAGAUCAACAUGUAGACUCGCUAAACAGAGAGGAUAAGAUCAACAUGUAGACUCGCUAAACAGAGAGGAUAAGAUCAACAUGUAGACUCGCUAAACUGAGAGGAUAAGAUCAACAUGUAGACUCGCUAAACAGAGAGGAUAAGAUCAACAUGUAGACUCGCUAAACAGAGAGGAUAAGAUCAACAUGUCGACUCGCUAAACAGAGAGGAUAAGAUCAACAUGUAGACUCGCUAAACAGAGAAAUAGAUCAACAUGUCGACUCGCUAAACAGAGAGGAUAAGAUCAACAUGUAGACUCGCUAAACAGAGAGGAUAAGAUCAACAUGUAGACUCGCUAAACAGAGAGGAAUAGAUCAACAUGUAGACUCGCUAAACAGAGAGGAUAAGAUCAACAUGUAGACUCGCUAAACAGAGAGGAAUAGAUCAACAUGUAGACUCGCUAAACAGAGAGGAAUAGAUCAACAUGUAGACUCGCUAAACAGAGAGGAUAAGAUCAACAUGUAGACUCGCUAAACAGGGAGGAAGGAGAUGUUCUAGUGUCACUAAAUCCGUGUCCAUCUAUUGAAGUGACUUUAUUCUUCCAUCCAUCUAGCUUUCUACCACAUCCCUCUUUUCAACUUUUCUGACUAGUAUAAGAUGAAUUAUUAUAGAUAAACAUUCUGUCCUUCCAUUGAUUUUAGUGGUGGUUAAGGGGAAAGUAAGGUUUGAUUUCAGAACAGAUGAAGAGCCUCCAUUUGUUUCAGAGACAGGCCAAAUCCCACAUUGGGAUUAUAUCGAUUUUAUUCAAACUCCAGAGGGUGCGUUCAUGGAAUGAUGAUGUAGGAGAUGGGAAAUAACCCCACCCUCUUUCUCAAUGAUCUGAGCAGGUUCAUAUGAUUUUGUUAGACAUCAAACUGGUUGGACACAUCAAUGGAAGACACAAGUUGCUUUAAAAUGUCACCUGCAUCAAGAACUGUCUACCAAUGUGUGAACUUCACACAUUACCCAAAUGCUAAAAAAAAAAGAUCAGUAGACCUGGCCGCCUAACAGCUGUUGUCAUACCACAAUUGUAGUGUUUUUCAAAACCUUGUUUGUUGGAGGCAGCUGCUGACAUAUUCCAAUAUUCCUCAGAUAAUAUGGGAUUUCUUGGAAUCCAUUAGAAUCUGAAGAAACAUCAAUGCCACUGCCUUUGACUGUGGAAGACACAUCCACAUGGAAAACAGCCCAGGUCUUGCCAAUCUUCCUUUUGAACUGAUAAUACUAUACUGUGCAAUAUUACAGUUGUGAGAAUUCACAAGGGUGCAAUACAUCAAUGACCAUGGGAAUGUAGAAAGUAACUGUGUCAGGCUGCAUCAUGGUAAGUAACACCUGUAGCUAAAACUACAAGAGGAACAUGUAUGGUGGUGUAUAAAUGAAAUUGCACUAAGAAUGAUCUUUGUACUAGAUUUAGCAGUAUUCAUUUAGAAUUAUUUUUUUUAUCAGUGUUUUCUUUAUUACUGAAAUAUGAGUGUUUCUCUGAUUUGCUAGGAGUGAUACUUUCAUUCAAUUGCUAUUGUAUAUAUUAUUUUUUUAUUCAUUUGCACUGGUAAAGAUCGGAUGUUUGAAAUAUACAUAAUGGUUGUCAGGAUUGCAGACUUAUCAACAUAUGUUUGUUUUUUGAGGAAUCAUUUGCUGUAACAAAAUAAAUCAUGGUCAUAAUGCAUCGUUGUCUAUGGCUUUGAAAUGGCAAUGUUGUAUAUGGGUAGAACUGGACAAAAGUCACAAUGAUACAAAACAUUUAUUCUAUGUAUGCAAUGACAAUGCAAAUUGUAAAAAAUAAAUGAAAGUUAGCAUUGUA